GUCAGUGUCCUACAUUUUGUCGAUGGGGUUCUGUAACCGAUGCCAUCGUUUUGACCAGACCGCGAGAGAGAAGACGACCUUUCUCUUUACCCUUUAUCAACUGCCCACCUCUCAUAGCUUUCUUUUCACCCACUUCAAUUUCUCUCUUGGUUUCUCUUUCUUUCAUGAUCUUGUUUCACUAAUCAUGGCUGUAGAGCUCAUGAUGGCUUUUAGCAACGAUGGGUUUGUUACUAAAUUGGAAGAUAACGCUGUCCAAGAGGCUGCGUCAGGGCUCGAGAGUGUUAAUAAGCUUAUCAGAUUGCUGUCGCAGCAGAAUCAAGAAACCAUUCAAUCUUCAUCUUCACCUUCUGCGACUUUAAGAUCGUCUAUGGAUAUAGAUAUGGAUUGCAAGGCAGUCGCUGAUGUUGCUGUUUCUAAAUUUAAGAAAGUGAUUUCUCUUUUGGGUCGAACCAGAACCGGCCAUGCUCGCUUUAGAAAAGCUCCUGUGGCGGUGGCUAUGGCGGCUGCUCUAAGCCACACCCAAAUUAGCCAAGAAAAUCAACUUCUUGAAAGUAAGGUUUAUUAUGCUACGCCGAUCCAGCAGAUUCCUCCAACUCCUCCGGUCCCUAAUCAUUACCAUGAUUAUUCUUCUAUGGGGAUGAUGCCAAAUAAUAAUGGGGUGAUUGGUGAGAGGAAAGAAUCAUCUACCACCAUUAAUUUUUCUUAUUCUUCCGCUGGGAACUCCUUUGUUUCUUCCUUGACGGGUGAUACGACCGAUGGCAAACAGCCGUCAUCUUCAUCAGCGUUUCAGAUUACCAAUCCGUCUCAGGUUUCAUCAGCUGGAAAGCCUCCUCUGUCUUCAUCUUCUUUGAAGAGAAAGUGUAGCUCUGAAAAUUUGGGUUCUGCCAAUUGCAGUGGACCUUCUGGUCGGUGCCAUUGCUCUAAAAAGAGCAGAAAGUUGAGGCUGAAGAGAGUGGUGAGAGUUCCAGCAAUUAGCCUGAAGAUGUCUGAUAUUCCACCAGAUGAUUACUCCUGGAGAAAAUAUGGACAGAAACCCAUUAAAGGGUCUCCACAUCCAAGAGGCUACUACAAGUGCAGCAGCGUCAGAGGCUGCCCAGCACGUAAGCAUGUGGAGAGAGCUUUAGACGAUCCAUCAAUGCUUGUAGUCACCUACGAAGGAGAGCACAAUCACAAUCUCCCCAUUGCAGAGCCAACCAAUCUGAUCUUAGAAUCCUCUUAGGUUUAGUCACAAACACCUUCAGCCCAUAAUCAACAUGAACAAAACUGUAACAAAAGAACAGCUUCUAAACAAGUGGGAUUUAGUGUAGGAAGAGCAAAUACUUGUAGUAACAGUAGCUAAGUAGCAAGAGAGCUCUGGACAAUGGGAUUCAGAGAAAUUCUCAAUGCGUUAAUCUCAAAAGGAGAUUAGUGGGGUUUGGUUCAUUUUCAUUUUCUUUCUGUAAAAUAUUUUAAAUUCCUGAA